AUGGUGGAUUGGCCGAGGUCUAAGAUGGACCAGCUCAGCAAGGAGUUUCAAGCUUUUGCGGGGAGAUUCUCCGCCGUCGCAACAGACAGACUCGAUCGGGUCGACGGGGGCACCUACUUCUCUCGGCUGUACCAGACGAGCAAUACUACCGAUGAGGAGCAGCGUCAGAUCGUCACUCUCCUGGAGGAGCUACAGCUGGCGAUGGAAUCGCCGUUGUUGUUGGCGCCGCCCCAGGGAACAGUCCUCCACACAGGCAUGGCCGAGGGAGAAACCGGUCUGGCCCUGGCCCGUCUCUGCGUCGCGCUCGAAAAGUGCCUCUUUUUCGGCGCGGAAGGGCCGAUGCCUGAUUUCUGGCGGGUUCUUGGCGGCGGGGCAAGUGAAGGUGCUGAUGCUCGUUCUCCGGCCGCCGUUUCUUCUGGCGGUGACCUUGACGGAUUCAACGGCCAAGGAAACAGUGCUGACGUCGGCUCUGACUCCGAGGAGGGCGGAGACACCGGGACUCGGGGUGAAAGAGCGCCUGACCCACUUGCUGCGGUCGUUGGUAGGCUAACGCGCGUUCACACGGGACACGGUCGGUGCCGGGCUUGGGCGCGAGGACUCCUCGGCGUGGACGGGGCGUCCGCGGAGAGCGAGCUUCGGAGAGCGGUGGCAGCAGCUGUACAGCUAACAAGAAUUGCGGCGGACGGCGCUGCGGUUGGCACCGGCAACGAGGGCCAGGGGGACCAAGCAUUGAACGAUGCAAUAGCAUGUUCAACCCCUUCUGAGGAACAGCCGGUCGACCUCAGCAACGCCAGCCAUAAUGCGAACCCCGACAAACGUGGAGGAGGCGGAGGCGACAGCCCGAGAAGUGGCAACACCGAAAGCGCAACAACUGUGCCCUUGGUAGCAGCAGAACGAAUCGCCGUGUCCACUUUCAAGCAUGUUCACGACGCGCCGUCUUUUGCGGGUCCAGGGUCGGCGUCGACCUCGCCGUCUCAGUUACCGCUGUGGCUACGUCCCAGUCGACAGGGCGUGUCGGUCGUUGACGAAUUGUGUAGGAUCGUGGUGGAGCUGAGCGGGCGGCUGAAGGAGAGAGAGCUGACUGUCCGGCCGUCUCUCGACCACGCCUGGCUCGACCAGGAGAACGUCGCCGCGGUGACCACGUACACGUGGCCGCAGUUUCGUAGGACGAAGCUGCGUUGCUACGUGCGGGGAGCGGGACUCUCGGCGGCCAACGGCGAGUAUUUGCCGACCGAACGGCCGGACGACGGUGAGGGCGCAAGCGUGUAUGGCGGCGACAGCAGUGGCGGUAAUUGUCCGGGGCUGUCGCUGAUCGGGCCCAACGGGUGCAACAUCUGCUGUCUACCCCGCCCUGCUGCUGCCGCUGCUGCGGAGGAGAAGACGGUGAUCCUCGGCGGCGAUAGUGCUGCAGUUAGAGCGGGGGAGCCUAGUCCUACGCGUCGCGAUCGCGGGGCCGCCAACGAGGAGGACGUACGUGCGACGCAGCAGGCGGGGCCCCCGACUUUUUCUGCAGAGUCCCCGACCACCAUAACACCGGCGCCGGUCACCCAAGUCUGGCACCUUCUAGUACCCGCCGCCUCUUCGUCCGAACUCGUAUCAAAGAGAAGCGCGUACUACUGUCUGGGCGACGGACCGUUGCCCCCUUCCCGCGGGUGGAGGUCCGCGGAGGCCACCGAAGCGCCCGCUCCCGUCUUGGGGUUUGCGACGCAGGAAGAAGACGACGGAGACGUAGCCGGGGCCGGGAGCAUUCGUAUCGGAAGGGAAGGCCCGAAUCGGGUCAAGGGGGAAGAGGAGGAAGCAGACGACACCGCCGCGUUGUUCCGUGCGGCUGUGCUACCGCCCAUCAAUGAUGAGCGUCGCGUUGGGGUCGGCGAGUUGGCGGCUGGUGGUGGUUCGACAUCGAGAGGGGUGGGGUUGAGCACGGUAGCGGCCGGGGCAUCCGUCCAAGCUGAAGGCUUGCUUGGCGGCGAGUCAUCAGCCGACACUGCAGCUGUAGGGAGCAGUAGGUUGAGGCGGCGUCGGAAGCGACAGAGGCCCCCGGAGCUCGUGGGAAACGCAGUACUGCGCACCGCUGAACAGGAUUUCAGUGUCUUGGGGGAAGUUACCGGCUGGGAUCGUGGGGGUGAUCGUGAUGAUGCAGCUGUCAGUCGUGAUGGUCGUGGUGAUGGUGAUGCUAGCGGCGGGCAGGCGCCUGGUGAUGGUGUUGCCGGUGCACCGGCUGACUGCGGCGGGGACGACGAGGCGGUAGCCGCCUUCAAGGCGGAGAGGUGGAGACUGCCGUCGCCAAGUGGGGAACUACGUUCACGAGUGGAGAAAGCGAGAGAGCUCUUGCUGCGGACGAUGGAGGUGAUGCAGGAGUCGACGGAGAUCACGGCGGAACGGUUGCUCUCGGCGAGACCGGGCCUCCGGGAACAAGCGGAGGCAGAAGUCGCCGUGGCGAGGGCGUCAGCCGCCGGCGCCGGCGCCGGCGCCGGCGCUGCUGCUGACGGGGGCGGCGGCAGCAGCAAGCCGAUGGUCCCCUCGCUCGAGGAGCUGGUCGCCGAAAAGGCGGAGGAACUGCGGAUCAGGGCGCAAAACCGAGGUCACGUGGAUGCGGCAGAACGCCCUUCGUUCUCCUCCUCUUCCUCCUCCUCCUCUUCCUCCUCCUCCUCCUCCUCUUCCUCCGGCCACUGGCUGGAAAACGACGACCAAGACCAACAGCCUACCGCACGAGAUCUAGGCGCGGUUUUACCGGCGGCGGUGACGGCGGACGCGGGGUGGCCGUGGCCGGUGGCGUGGCUGGCGGCUCCGCCCGCACCGCCGCCGCCACCUAGAGACCCCGAGGACUGGGAGCUGGGUUUGGAAGAGGGCGCGUUCGGCUUUGGUGUUGGCGUCGGCGCCGGGUUUGCCGGCAGCAGCAGCCACGGCGACGACUUUGCUGAGGGGGCGGAGGAUGGAGCCGACCCUCCCGUUCCUUACUCGAUCGAGGUGGCUGCGGUGGAAGUGGUCGACGCGGAGCACUUGGACGAGGCGCAUGUUGAGUACGUGCUGCGACUCGUGUUCCACGAGGUGCACGAGCAGCAGGGCAAGGAUGCCGUGUCCGAGACACCGGGGGUGCUGGACCGAGGCAACGACAGCAGGCGCGGUCGCCGCACGAAGACCACCGCAGUCCAUUCGGACGAUGACCGAGGGGCCGCUGAGCUGGUGGCGCUAGCCACCGCGGCGAAGGGCUUACUCCAGCGCACCCGGGUGCUGAGCAAGAGGCUGAACAGCCUCUGCGCCCUCCACCCCCAGCUGAUGUGGGAGCUGGAGGAAGCCCGGCGGCUGAGGUCCAAGGGGGAGGCGGAGGUCGAGAUCGCGGCGGAAUCCCUCGACUUUCCCGACCCGUUCGAGCUGGGGACGCUCGAGGCGCCCGGUGCGAGACGAGAGGGGACACAGAUCAAGGGCCUGCGAGGGUCCCUGGCCAAGGAAAAAAUCUUGCGAGUGCAUUGCGACAAGCUCACUCCCAAUUUCAAGGCCAACUCCCCCACGCGAAAGCUUGCGGCGCGGGUAGGGUCUUACCUGUCAGGCCUGCUUCGCUUCUUGGGCGUGCUCGAGGUACACAUUCUUUCGGAUUCCCCCGUAAACACACUCUUUGAUGGGCUCGGGUCGCUGGCUUCGUGCCAAACGGCGUCACCACCCAAGAUCGCAUCCAUCCGUAGCACGCCUCCCCCUGGAGGAAUUCUACUACCGUUGUUCGUUACUCCCGCAUGUCGCCCGAUGCCACUGCAGGCGGUAGGGGAGGUUGACGUCCGGUCGCGCAUGUCGCGGGUGCUCAACGACGCGCUCUCCACCUGCGAUCGGGUCGGCCGGAAGAGGCGGCGAGGCGACUUCGCCCUUGGCGUGAGGAUCCGAGACAUUGCCGGAGGCAAGCUGGGGUCCGGGGUUGGCGACGAGGAACGGCUCAGGAUUCAGAAGAGAAGGUGCAUGAGCUGCGGGCGCACGAUCGCGGCGGAGUUCCUGGGGAUCAAGAAGGAUUACUUCCCUUGUCGGUACGCAGAUGGCCUCUUCUGCCGCAGCUACUGCCACGCCGAAGAUCGUCGGGUUAUCCCCCACCGGGUGGUUCACCACUGGGAUUUCGUGAGGCACCGCGUCUGCAAGGACGCCCGGGCGUUCCUGGACUCUACGCGGUUCCAUCCCGUCUUCGACUUGCCGGCCUUGUCCCCCACGUUGUUCACGGAACAGCAGUCCUUGCGAAUGGUGCGAUCGCGCCGGAAGCAGCUUUAUUUCCUGCGCCGUACAAUAUUCUUUCCGGUGGAGUGCAAGUGCGUUCUCGGUGCUCGAUUGUUUGACAAGCUUCUUGAGGGCAGGAUACACCUGGCCGUGAACCCUGGCCUGUAUUCCUUAGAGGAUCUCAUGAGCGUCAAAAACGGCGAGCUCCUGCACUUCCUCGAAGAGAUCGGGACGGUGGCGCGCUGCCCCAGCUGCGAGACCCUGUUUCACGCCAGAUGCGUCGCGGGGAACCCAGCGCAGCGGCAGACACAGCAGCAGCAGCAGCAGAGCAAGUCUCCAUCAGCAGCAAGAGGAGCAAGCAGCUCGUCCAAGCGGUAUAACACCGCGAAGCCCGGCGGCGGCAGUCGGAAGUGGAGGUGGCCGGACCACCAAUCGCAGGCUGGCGGGAGCAACAAGAAGGAGCCCGUCGACCAGGACGCCGAGACCGACGACCACGAGUUCGUGUGUCCGAAGGUACGGUAA